AUGAGGCCUACAAUCAAAUCACAAGAAGAAUACGAUAACAUCGUAAAUAUUCUUAAGGGGGAGAAUUUGACAACAUAUGGCAAUAAACCGUGGAAAUAUGCCCAGAUAGAUGACCAGAACACAAAAAAUUCUCCAAAAUAUUUACUUUUGUACAUUUUAACGUUUUAUUUUUAUUUGGCCUGUCUGAAUUAUAAUGUGGGGUUGUUUUCUUUCAUGUUGAAAUGA